AUGUCCAUUCAAACUUUCCAAGAUCUCGGUGCUCAGUACCAGUGCUGGAUCGAGAAUCCACCCAACCCCGAUGACGGAUGUCGAAUCAAGCCAUUCACCUUCAAGCUGGAAGAUCUCGAUGAAUCAUUCGCCGAUACCGCAUUUGACGGUUAUAACACCGAGGAGCUGAGAUCGGUAGUGGAAGAAGUCAUGGGUAUCAAAGCCCCUCCUCAUGAGAAGUGGAGAACGAUAGAGAGGAAAAAGGUCGACCCCGAUGCCGAGCCAAGUCCCGAUGCAAGCUUGUGUCAUCUUCACAGCUGGGAAGGACAUAUUGGACCAGGUAUUAUCUAUAUUGAAAAUAUGUUUCGGAAGCCUGGGGCCGGAUCGGAGGCUGGACCUCAUUCUUCUCAGAUGGCGCAGGCGGCGUACGAAUCGGUCUACCCUAUCCACACUCUGGAGCACAUAGUGGUUUCUGACGUUGUGAACAAGGAGACUAAGCGGUUUGUCAAACGUCAGCUCUAUACUGAUCAUGUCUUUGAGGACACCGAGCUCGAGUGGCCCACUGAUCAGCUGGUUAGAUGGGGAUAUGAUACCUGGGAAUAUAAGAGCCUUCUUGGCACACAGAUUGGUGCGGUGGUGUCGCGGAUCUUGCUGGGCGCAUUCAAGCGAGGCACUCGUCGGAUUUCCAGAAUCUAUACCGUUGCACACUAUGGUAACUGUCUCUUCAUGCGUUUUGAUAUCGAGACCAUCGAGCCUGGAAGGCCUACGAUCAAGCUUGUAGAGACUGACAAGAGGAAGCAUGAUGAGUGCGAUAGCACGUCUGAUGUUGAGAGCAAGAGGAAGAGGAAGCGCGACGAGUCUGACGACGUUUCUGAGGUUGAGAGUAAGAGGAAGAGGAAGCGUGAUGAGUUUGAAGACGUUUCUGAGGCUGAGAGUAAGAGGAAGAGGAAGCGUGAUGAGUGUGACGACGUUUCUGAGGUUGAGAGCAGGACUAGUAAGAGGAAGCGUGAUGAGUUUGGAGACGUUUCUGAGGGUGAAAGCAAGAAGAAGAGGAAGAGUGAUGACGAGGGUAGCGAUCGUACAAAGUGUCGGAGGCUUGAUAACUGA